GAAGUCAUUGUUCAUCACCCCCGGCAUUUGAACGCCCUUAGACGGUCCUCUUGUGUUAUUAUCGUCCUCACUGUUGAUCAUAUUCUCUAAGACUCGCUCGCUACUUUCGUCGUGUACACCCGAAGAGAAUAUUACUGCAUCUCGUUCGAGUCUCGAUGGCUUCGAUUCUCAUGCGUUCGGAAGGCGCGUUGGCAGUGGCAGCUGCAGCCAUGACUUCUUAUGUUUGGUUCAGGAAAUAUGAGCCGAGUGAUGCCAUUUCGCUUGUCAUACUACUUGGUUUGGUGCCCACAACUGCAGCGGCUUUCGCAAAAGGACCAAUGGAACCGAUUCUCGCGACCCUCGUUGUGGCGUACCUCUUAUACUAUGGCGUGCUGCUCCUGCUCAUCGCUGCAUACCGUUUGUCACCUAUACAUCCAUUACAUCACUAUCCUGGGCCUUUUACAUGCAAGCUGUCCAAGUUCUGGCUGGUUUAUCUCACCUACAAAGGCAAACAGCAUGUGUAUUUCCACACCUUGCACAGGAUGUAUGGGCCCGUCGUGCGCGUGGGUCCAAACGAGCUGUCAAUCGUUGACGUAGAACUGAUCCCGUCAAUCAUGGGUACGAAUGGCAUGCCUAAGGGUCCUAUGUGGGACGGCCGCAAGAUUUCCAGAAGUAGCGGCCCACCAAAUGUGAAGGGCAACUUGGUUGGGGCUCGCAACAAGGAAGAUCACGCUGAGAUGCGUCGAGUCUGGAAUCGUGCGUUUACGACCGCCUCAGUGAAGAAGUACGAACCCAUCGUCAUUCGGAGGGCUUCGCAACUAGUCGAGGAGCUGAAGCGAAGAUGCAGUCAAGAUCCGGAAGACGGUCGAGAGGGAAUGGAAGUUGAUCUGGCACGCUGGGUGAGCUGCUUUUCCUUUGAUUUUAUGGGGGACUUUGUCUUUGGUGGUGCGUUCGAGCUAAUGCGCGACGGCGAUAAGGAGGGUCUGUUACACACGCUAGACCAAGGACUUGUCCUACCUGCGAUGACGCAACACAUUCCCUGGUGCAUCAGAGCUGUUCAAGCCAUGCCCUUCCUCGGCAAGCAGACAAUUUUACUCGGAAGAAUCGCGUACCAGCAAGUCACGCGGAGGCUGAAAGAAGGCUCGAUCUACGAUGAUCUCUUUUACCAUCUUAGUGACGAGGCCAAGGUGGAAAAGGAGCGACCUAGCUUUCAUGUCAUCAUGUCUAAUUCGAUGACCGGCCUGAUUGCUGGGUCCGACACCGCUGCAACAGCAUUGAGUAGUAUCUUCUUCCUGCUGUGCAUUCAUUCAGGUUGCUUUGAGCGUCUGCGCGAUGAGGUUGAUGAUGCAUUCCCACCUCGAAAGGGCGAACCGACUGAUACGGCGAAGCUGGCGAAGAUGGAGUAUCUGAAUGCUGUGAUAAACGAAGCUCUGCGGAUCUACCCUCCUGCCCCAACCACUUUGCAACGAGCUCCAACCCGUGGCAGCGGCGGCCACUUAUUGGGUCCAAACUUCUUUGUUCCCGAAGGGACUGCGGUAUACGUGCCGCCAUUUGCCAUACAUCGAGACCCACGGUACUUCAGCCCUGAUCCCGAGAGGUUCUGGCCGGAGCGCUGGCUCCCCGGAGCCGAGGAUGCAGGUGCUUGCACCGUGAAAGAGGCCUUCAUCCCAUUUUCCACUGGCCCUGCCAACUGCGUCGGAAAACCGCUUGCCCUCAUGGAGAUGCGCAUGGUGGUGGCAUAUAUGAUCCAGGCGUUCGACUUUCGACUCCAGCCUGAGUACGAUCAGGAUGAGUGGGAGAGAAAACUUCAAGACUUCCUGGUACUGCAGAAGGGGAUGCUGCCUGUCAUCCUGUCCGUUCGUCAACCCAUGUGAUCCCUACGUUCAUAGCUGUGAUGGAGCAUUGCUUCCGAUUUAUGCAAACUAAGCAAAUACUACCACGUUAUUCCUCCUUGAAGAGCUUACUUUGCUUUACGAAUGCGAAACAUUUCUUAUUUCUUGGCCGUGUGCGGAGUCAAACCGAGACGACAACAUAUUAGCGGGCGCACUCGGACUUUCUGAUGAACAGCUAACACUGUACUAUCACGCUUGAAAAUAUU